UAUUUAUCCCUGCAAUGUUCUGUUGUGCUGAAGCAAAGCAAGAAUUUCAUUGUGACACAUGACAAUAAAUUCUCUUGAAUCUUCAUUGCAAAGUGAAAGUCGGCUGCAACAGGAAGCGAAUGCAAACAUGGCCUCCCAACUAUUUCAAACCGACAGCUUCACGGAGGAUUUGAAUUGUUCCGUCUGCCUGGAUUUCUUCACGGAGCCGGUAUCACUGGACUGCGGGCACACCUUCUGUCGCCGCUGCAUCACGCUGUACUGGGAAGAGUCGAAUAAAAAAUCCUGCCCAGAAUGUCGGGAAGAGUUUGAAGAGAAAAACUUCAGCACAAACUGGGCCUUGGCAAACCUGGCCCAGAAGACCCGGACAUUGAACGCGAAGCCCAAAGCGACGGGAAAUCAACACCUCUGCGAGGAACAUCAGGAAGAACUCAAGCUGUUCUGCGAAACUGACCAGAAACUGGUCUGCCUGGUCUGCAGAGAUGCGAGGGAACACAAGUCUCACAGCUUCAUGCCGGUCAAAGAAGCUGUUGAAUUCUACAAGGACCGGGUCAAGACUUCCUUCGACUCUCUCACAGCGAAGAAAGUGGCGGCGCUGAGUGUAAGACUGGCGCAGAUUCAGCGGAUUUCUGGAGUCAAGGAACAGUCGCGCAGUUUGCAGUCGCUGGUCUCGGCAGAUUUCACGAAAAUUUACCAGAGUCUCCGGGAGAAGGAGCAGAGUUUGAACAGAGAGGUCAGGGAACAGGAGCAGAGGAUCCUAGACGCCAUGGAGGGAAAUGUCGCAGUCAUUGACAAGUAUUUAAGCUCCGUUCAGAGAGAACUCUCCAAGCUACAGAAGCAAAUGGGGGAACACGACGGAGUGACAUUUCUGAAGGCGGAAACAUGUCGGGAGAGGAGGUUUAUUUCUAGGGAGGAAACUCUACCAUUAGUAGACACCGCCUUAUCUAUCGAUAAAGUCGGUGGGCCUUUCCAAUACAAACUCUGGAGAGAAAUGGCUGAUGUUAUUAAACCAGCUCCUGUUUCCCUGACGCUGGAUCCCAACACGGCCCACCCCUACCUCGUUCUGUCUGAGGACCUGACCAGCGUGAGACUCGGAGACCAAGGCAAGGAGGUGCCCGACACUCCGGGGAGGUUCGAUCGCAGGUCCUCUGUCCUGGCCUCCGAGGGGUUCUCUGCGGGGAAACACUACUGGGAGGUCGAGGUGGGGACGAAGACCUGGUGGGAGCUGGGAGUGGCCGAGGAAUCUGCCGAGAGGAAAGGCCACAUCACCCUUCAACCCGACAUGGGAUAUUGUAUCAUGUGCCUUGUGUAUGGGAACUCCUAUGUGGCCCUCACCUCCCCAAGGACCCCUCUCGCCAUCAAGGUGAAACCCUGUAACAUUGGCGUGUACCUGGACCACGAGGGAGGUCAGGUGUCAUUUUACAAUGCGGACAACAUGACCCUUCUCUACACCUUCAACCAAACUUUCAAGGGCAGAGUCUUUCCCUUCUUUAACCCUGGGUUAAAUAAAGAUGGGAAAAACUCGGCUCCCCUGAUAAUCUGUGGUGUUAGAUAUUACUGAUCAUUCCGCAGAGGGGCAAGGAGGUGCGAUCUUUCAGCUCCACGGACAUGAGUUUGAUUCUGACCUCUAUGUUGAGGUGAUAUUUUCUCUCCAUGAUCUCUUGUGCUUCCCCACAGCUUCACACCUUUCCUCCUUAUUCCCUAAAGAUGAGCAGUUUCCAAAACGUUAAUGCCAAUUUAACCUGUUUGCACGUUUUUUGAACAAGCACUGGAACCAUGUUGUACAACUUGUCUGCAUGGAAAAAUAAAAAUUCACAAAUGCAAA